CUUUACCGACCAACAAAUGAGUAUUAUGCCCGUUCUUUAGAUAACAUCAAAGAAGCUUCAAUGAAAGAAGUGUUUGCUACUAUUUGAAAAAGACACAAAUAAUUCGACAAGAAGACUGUACUAUCUUUCAUUUAGCUGGUUCAAUAACCAGGAACUUGAUUUUUUUUUUUUACUUAUGUGUGGAAUAGCAGGAACGCAAGAUCUUGAAAAGUGAAAAUCAGGAAAUAAGAUUGCCUCUCACUGCAUCAAGUACAAAUUAAUAGUUUGAGAAAAAAAAAAGAUGGCUUCAUCAUCAUUAGAUAUCGUCGUAAAUCGGACUCGACAAACGAAGACAACUUCAUAAACUUAUUGCAAUGUUUGGUCAAUAAACAUUACCAACAUUCUCUUGUUGACAAGAUGUUUGUAUCGCCAUGUAGUAAUUCACAUUCUUCUUUCUCAGAAAGAGAUUUGCUAAAUCAAAAUGAAGUAUUUACUCAAUUAGAAAACAUCCAUGAAAGCACUGAAGAUAAACCAACAAAACCUUUAAUGUAUUUUCGGUUCAAACCAGCCUAGAUCCAGCAAACAGUCCCUCAGAUUAGAAAGAGAUCAACUGUUAAAUGAUAAAGAAGUAACCAAGUUACUUGAUUACUGAAACCUCAUGCAAACAAAGGUCGAAAUAAUAGUGUCGUUUUCUUUGAUCAUACUAAGCCAACAAAAAGAGCGCAAAGGAUUUGAAAUACUGAUAAAAGCUUUUCAUUUAUUUUAGCACUUCUUUUCUGUAAAAUGUGUUCUUUCUUGAAUGUUAUCUCUCUUAUAUUUUAAAGGAGGAAAAAGGUCAGAAUUGAUUCGUACAUUAGCAAGUUAAAAAGGAUUUAUUAGAUCUUCGUCGAAGCAAAUAUUGAUAUUUUCAAAAUUUUCUAUUCUUUUUAAAACUUUUUCUACGUUCAACUGACCGUGUUUUAAAC